UCUUUUCUUUUAGAUUAGCAAGGUAUUUUCGACUAGAAUGAUUUCUCAGUGAGAUGGGAGGGAUGAUGCUGUGGUGAGCGCAGCUUGCAAGCAGUUUGUCGGAGCUCCUCCUCAAUCGUCGGAUAGGGUAUUAACAUCACAUUUGCUCAAUGAGAGCAAGGGAACACGAGAGACGAAACCGAAUUUCGACCUGGUGCGCUACGGUUGCAGUUCUAUUACCUCUAUAUAAGAGGCUAAUAUGAAGACAUCGUUUGGCAAGCCAGACCCUGGAAAGCUUCAGGAAUACUCCCAUGUUGUUUGAAGCCCACGGCAGCACCAUGCGUUGUGUCUGGUGAAAACCAGCCCACCCUCUUUCUACCCAAGCAUUGAGAGUAUAGAAACACACACAGCACAGCACAGUGAUGGGUUUGGACCAACCCUGCUUGGAUAUGGUGGUGCAAAGGCCCUUUCUGGGUGCAACGUGUAAGAGGCACCGUCACCAGAACCUGCUUAGAAAGCUGAGGCCCAUACGAAUCCUGGGUUUUGUGUUCAGCCUGGUAGCCAUAAGCGCUAUCUCCUUUUCCUUCAGCGCCUUGACAUGGAGCUCAGGGACCCACUCGGAGCUGCUCCUGCCCCAGGAGGCCCUCCUUCAGUCUGGUCCGGCUCCCCACAGGACUCUACUUUCCACUCAGCACCAGAGGGACCCCAAUGUCUCAGCCGACAUGCCCGUGGCCAUGAGGUCUUCGGCAGACGGCAACGAGAGCCAGGGGGACUACCCCACGGACCUGUUCACCCUGGAAGAGAGGCGCCAGGGUGCUGUGGUGCUCCACAUGUUUGGGAUGCUGUACAUGUUCAUCUCUUUAGCCAUUGUGUGUGAUGAGUUCUUUGUGCCCGCUCUGACAGUCAUCACAGAGAAGCUGGCCAUCUCUGAUGACGUGGCGGGGGCCACCUUCAUGGCGGCAGGUGGGUCAGCACCCGAGCUCUUCACUUCGGUCAUCGGCGUAUUCAUCUCCCACAGCAAUGUGGGCAUCGGAACCAUUGUGGGCUCAGCUGUCUUCAACAUUCUCUUCGUCAUUGGAAUGUGCGCCAUCUUCUCCAGGGAGAUCCUCAAUCUGACCUGGUGGCCCCUCUUCCGUGACGUCUCCUUCUACAUCAUGGACCUGAUCAUGCUCAUAUGUUUCUUCCUGGAUAACUACAUCUCCUACUGGGAAAGUAUUGCUCUGCUCUCAGCCUAUGCCACCUAUGUGAUCUUCAUGAAGUUCAACAGCAAUGUCGAGGGCUUUGUGAAAGGCUGCAUGAACAAGAAUCAAGUGGUGGAAGUGGAGGUUCAGCCCAAGGCUGUGAGUCCCGGGGCACCAGAGGAUGAGAGCAAGCUGUCGGCUAGGCCACGGCUCCAGAGAGGUGGCAGCUCAGCCUCCCUGCACAACAGCCUGAUGAGAAACAGCAUCUUUCAGCUUAUGAUCCACACACUGGACCCGCUCAGUGAAGAAUUUGCUGAUUCUGAACUUGGGACUUAUGGAAAACUAAAAUAUUAUCACACAAUGACCGAGGAAGGAAAAUUCAGAGAGAAGGCGUCCAUCCUUCACAAGAUUGCCAAAAAGAAAUGCCAAGUAGAGGACAGCGAGAAGGCCAAUGGAGUAGCCAGUCGGUCAGAUAAGAAUCUUCCAAACAGCUCGAAUGUUGAGGUGGAAGUCACACCACCAAUGAAUGGCACUGCAGGACAAGAAGGGGAAGCUGUGGCUGAGGAUGAGGAGGAUGAGGACCAGCCUCUGAGCCUGUCCUGGCCAGAUACCAUGCGCAAGCGUUUCACCUACCUCUUAAUCAUGCCCAUCAUCUUCCCUCUGUGGCUAACACUGCCUGAUGUCAGGAAACCAACUGCAAAGAAGUUCUUUCCCAUCUCAUUUCUGGGUUCUAUCUGUUGGAUUGCUGGAUUCUCCUACUUAAUGGUGUGGUGGGCUCACCAGGUUGGAGAGACCAUUGGGAUUACAGAAGAGAUUAUGGGUUUGACUAUAUUAGCAGCUGGUACCUCCAUCCCUGACCUAAUCACCAGUGUCAUUGUUGCACGGAAGGGACUGGGGGACAUGGCUGUGUCCAGCUCUGUGGGCUCCAACAUCUUUGACAUCACUGUUGGCCUGCCAUUCCCAUGGCUCCUCUGGUCCAUCAUCAACAACAUGCAGCCUGUGGCGGUGAGUUCUAACGGGCUGUUCUGCGCCAUUGUGUUGCUGUUCCUCAUGCUCAUCUUCGUCAUCAUCUCAAUUGCUGCCUGCAAGUGGCGGAUGAGCAAGCUGCUGGGCUUCAUCAUGUUCGUGCUCUACUUAGUGUUCCUGGUGGUCAGCGUUAUGCUGGAAGACAAGAUCAUCGCCUGCCCUAUAUCCAUCUGAAACUCCUCUCCCUCCACUGCUGCCAGAAAGCAUUCACCCCUAACACAAGAUACAAGAAGCAUGGGGAUGGGAUGGAGGAAAGACUCCCAAAAGAAUGAGGGCGCAAGAUAUGGCUGAUUCAUUGGUCGGCUAGACCUAAGCGGAAGUAGAUAAUUAUUAUUAUUUAAAAAAGUAUUAUUAUUAUUUUAUGUUAUUUAU